GGUCGCCACAGCAACACCUAACCAGACUGCAGGUUGUAGCAAGCUGGCUACUAUCAGGGCUCAAACACCGUAACAAAGUCACAGGUGUUAACAAUGAGCGAUAACGAAAAAGGAUAUGGCGAGCGAGAGUCUCGCUCUGGAUCCAGGAGCUUGAGUCCACAGGGCUCGGGGAAGUCAGCAAGCCGCUCCCCGGCUCAUUCCCCUGCACGUUCAAAAGAAGGAUCUCGCCAUUCCCACUCCAGAUCGCGAUCUCGUUCUAGGUCAAAAUCUAGUAUUUCUUUUUUCUUUUUCAGGUCACAUUCCCGCCAUGGCUCACGCAGACACUACAGCCAUUCUCGCUCCCGCUCGAGGUCCUAUCGCCGCAGAUCUCACAGCAGGUCCUACAGUGGAGAGCGCCGGCGCAGGAGCCACAGCCGCUCACCAAUGUCUAAGCGCCGCAGACACAUCGGCAACCGCGCUAAUCCUGAUCCAAACUGCUGCCUGGGAGUGUUUGGCCUGAGCUUGUACACCACAGAGAGGGAUCUGAGGGACGUUUUCUCUAAAUACGGCCCUUUGGCAGAUGUUUCUAUCGUGUAUGACCAGCAGUCAAGGCGGUCCAGGGGCUUUUCUUUUGUUUACUUUGAGAACAAAGAAGACGCUAAGGAGGCAAAGGAACGAGCCGAUGGUAUGGAGCUGGAUGGUCGUAGGAUCAGGGUUGACUUCUCCAUCACAAAGAGACCUCACACACCAACUCCUGGAAUCUACAUGGGCCGGCCAACAUAUGGUGGAGGUGGUCCUAGUGGUCCUCGGCGUAAUUCACGGGACUACGACCGAGGAUACGACAGAGGAGGUUAUGAUCGCUAUGACGACAGGGAGUACUACAGAUCAUACAGAAGGCGAUCUCCGUCUCCGUACUACAGAGGGGCUUACAGGUCUCGCUCCAGAUCACGGUCUUACUCUCCCUGUCGCUAUUGAAAGCCCCCUCCUCUUUCCAAAGCUCAGAGUGGAAGUAUUUCUGAUUGGUUUGAUUGAUCGUCUUUCUUAAGGUGAUCAUCACACUUCUCUUUGCUUGUGUAAGUGAGUAGUUAACUUAUCCUGAGAUCGGUUGUGAAGCAAUGUCAUUGAGAUGCACUAAGCUGUCCCCUCUUGUUUUUAAUUUAAAUGUAUGGCUGGUAUCAGCCAUUAUCAAUAUGUUAAUGUUUUAAUUUUUGUAAGCAUAUUCAGUGUAAAUUCAUCUUGAACAUAUUAAAGGAAGAUGCCUUUUGUCA